GCUCCUUCUUGGCGGCUGGGAUUUGCAUGGCCGAUUUCUUCCACACUUUUGGGGCGGCAGAUCUUGCGCUCGGAAAGCCUGGGAUCUACGGCCUUCCAAUCACUUCCACCGUCGGUGAUGCGCUGUGUAUGCUCAGGGAUUUGGGGCUCGCGGAGAUCACUGUGUGGGAUUGCGCGUCGGAUCAGCGGUGUGAGGCCCGGAUCCGCAAGUGGGAGUGCCGGGAAUGCCAGUGCGUGGGCAAGGUAAACUCCCUCGAUAUUCUUUGCUACUACGCGGCCCAGGACAAGGUCCACAGCAUCGAGGCGGCGGCCAAGGAUCCAGUGUCGGUUCUUCUCACUCCGGCCAAGCGCAGCCAAAUUCGCCAUGUAGAUCUCCACGCCAGGCUCACAGAUGCGUUUAAUCUUAUUCUCGAUGGUGCGCAGUGUUUCAUCGUCCCGCUCGACAACCGACGUAGCAAAUCCUUGAAACUCAGCUCUUUGGCUUUGCGAAAGUCCACCAGUACUGCUGCUGCUGCCGCCGUCGCGAUUGAAACGUACAAGCGGAUGGACUUCUGCUGGCUCACCCAGGAAGACGUGCUCCGCUUCCUGCUCGGCUGCAUCGGCGUCUUCUCGCCCAUCCCGAUGAUGAGCAUCGAGGAGCUGGGAAUCAUAGACCGAGACGUCAUGUUCGUGGACGCAAACGCCAAGGCCUCGGACGCACUGCCGCUGAUGAUCCGAGCCUCGCAGCAGAUGUCCGCGGUCGCGGUGGUGGAGGCCGAUUACAGCAGCGACGGAGACGAGGGGCUCAAGAUCGUGGGCGACAUCUCUCUCGCGAGCCUGGGAAGCUGCUGUGACGAGACCGCGGCACUGGCACUGGCGUCCCUCUCGGUGGCGGACUUCAUGACUUACGUCCAGGACAUAGCCGGAGCUCCACAGUCGCUCAAGGAACUGAUACUCUCGGGGCUCGAGGCCAAGACGAGCAAGGAUCUGAGCUACGAGCGCGUCAAGCUGGGAAUGGCGAUCGAUUCUUCUUUCUCCGACAGUGAUACGAGCAGCAGCAGCAGCGGGAGUGUGUUGGAUUCGUCGUUGUCGGACGAUGAGACUGCGAGCACUGGCUCCAUUCCUCGCGGGCGGACCAACAGUGCCAAGUUCCAGAGGGCGUGUCCGCCAUGGUCUUCGCCGCUGUGCUGCCAUCCGUGGAGCUCGCUGGUGGCGGUGAUGGCCCAGGCGCUGGCGUUCCGGAGGACGUACCUUUGGGUGACGGACGAGGAACACAUGCUGAUUGGGAUGGUAACAUAUCUCGACAUGAUCCGUGUUUUGUUGAAAGCAUGAUGAUCCUUCUAUCUAUGUAACAAGUCUUUCUCUCCAAACAAUGCUGUCAACUUUCCAAAUCCCAAUGGAAGGUUGACCGUAGUCAGGAUAUGCUUAGAAUAUGCUCACAUAAAAAAACAAUGUAUUCUACA